GCGAAAGGUUGAAAAGCUCAAGGGGGCCGAAUACUUUCGCAAGGCACUGUAUUUCCCCUUGCUCUAUCAAUUGAGGAUCAUGAAAGGUCGCAUUGCCAUGAAUGAUAAUUUUAACUAAACAAAUUUGUGGAUUAUUUUUCGAUUCAAGUGUUUCCCCUCAAUGUUUCCACACAGACAGACUCAUGCAUACACAUCAGCAGCAAUCCUAUUUGUUUUGCGAAUUUCUGUUGAAACAGUGUCCGAUAACAAACCUCUCGCUUUUCAAAGACUUUUCAAAGCCUGGCAACAUCCACAGAUUGUGCCAAAUACAACAAGAGUUUUGGAACAGCAGCCCAAAAGCUUUGUACUGUCCAUGUGCUUGACAGCCUGGCUGCUCCAGGACAGGACCAAACAAGGGAAGCAAGUCUGUACUCUGUUUCUUCUACUUUAAUUUCUUGUGUACAUUACGCACUGUGUCCGGCCUCCUCCUGAUCAGAAACAGAAGCAGACAAAUUCCCCACAACGUUUUUUUUGUCUUUUUUCCACAGUCUUUUUUCCAAAUAACACUUCAGAUUCAACCUUCAGCAGCGUUACUUGCUGCCUGAAAUCUAAGCAGAUUAAGUAUGAAUCUGAUUGAAUCUGACUUGUGUUCCAAAAAUUAGUCUCUGUCCAGGGAGAGCGGAGGCCUGUGGAGGAGAAGUGGGAACACAACAGGAAAAGGGGACUAAUGAGACCACUCCCUCCCUCUCUCUAAACACAUUCCCCUUUUUUUGUGGUGGGCUGUCCCCCUAACAGAAGGAAAACUGCAAUGUAAUAGUUACGCAACAUCUUCUGUCUCUCUCUGUUUUAUCUUUAGAGCACUCAUCUGCAUAAAGAACUGAACUUUAGACAGACUUUAGUGUUGAGAAGUGUGGGCUGGUACAAAACUGGAUGUCACAGUCAGUGUCUUUGACUGCAUCUGUUCAGUGUUCGUACUUGCUCAUCAGGAGGGCAGCACAUGUGUUGGUCGCAGGCAGACGAAUCACCGAGGACUGCUAGGGAAUAAACAUCAAGAACUCCUGCCCAACGUCAACUUAACUCUUCUGCUUUUUACAUUUAUCUAAUUCAUUUCUGGUACAGUAAUGUGUUUUCUCGGCGCAGGGUGGUCGCGUGUUUUUGCUUCUGCUUAGAAGCCUCAUGGAUCAAAGUCCUUCACAGCUACAUCCUGUAAUUGUCUCUGGGUAGAGGGUAAACAGGAGGAGAGAGUAGCAGUAUUUGAGUGAACUUCGGCAGUGGUAGAGCAGAGGGCGAGAGGCGUCUGAUUGUCUAGUUAACUGCGAACGGCUGAGUCCAUCCCUGAGGACCAUGUGUGCUGCAGCUCUGGAUAAAUACUGUGGGUCCAUUUUCUGGAAUGCUUCGUAUCUGGAAACAGAAGACCCAGACCUCCCAGUAUGUGUGGAGCAGACCGUUCUGGUCUGGAUCCCCCUGGGAUUCCUGUGGCUCUGUGCCCCUCGGCACCUGAUGACUCUGUUCCAGAAAACACAAGUAAACAGAAAGCGCCUGAGCAAGCUCUAUAUCUGCAAACAGCUUGUUGUGGCUCUGUUGUUUUUGACGGCCAUAGCAGGCCUUGGAGUCACAUUAGGGGAGGAUUUUGGACCAAACCGAGACUCAGCUUCAACAGUGAAAAAUGCUGGUGUAUUCUAUGCAAAUCCUGUCCUGUUUGCUGUCUCAUGGAUCCUCGUGCUGUUGUGCCAGGCAGGAGUCAGACGGAGGAAAGAAACAGUUGACUCUGCCACUCUUUUCUGUUUCUGGUUCCUCCUCCUUCUGUGUGACAUUUUCCCUUUCCAGACUCUCUUACGAGAAGCACUCCGAGAGGGAAAGGUCAAUGAUGUCCCUCGUUUCUGCCUUUUCUACAUUUCCUUCGGGCUGGAGUUAAUUGCAUUUAUUCUCUCUGCUGUGGCUGAUAUCCCUCCAGAACUUAAAGACCGUGUAAAAAAGAAUCCCGAAACAGUUGCACCGUUUUGGAGCAGAAUCACUUUCCACUGGCUUACCGGUAUGACGGUGAGAGGCUACAAAAGGCCCCUGGUGCAGGAAGACAUGUUGGAGCUGAACAAGGAGGAUAGCACUCCUUACAUCCACGGGCAUUUCCAGCAUUUCAUGAAGUCCGAACUGAGUAAAGCUCGGAUUCGAUUCCAACACAAGUUGAAAAAGAAAGGUGUCAAAGGCAAAGCCCACGAUGAAACCAUGCAGAAUGGUCUCUCCAAUGGUUUGGGGAAAGGUGUGAGUCAUGAUGUGCUGAUAAUGGAGGAAAAAGGAAAGAAAGACGAUGAAAAGAAGAAGAAGAAGGACAAAAAGAAGGAGGAAGAGAACUAUCCCAAUUCAUGGCUGAUUACCACCAUCUACAAGACCUUUAAAGGGCUUCUCUUUGAAUCUGCUUUCUUCAAACUGAUACAGGACCUGUUGACUUUUGUCAGUCCUCAGCUACUGAAAUUGAUGAUCUCAUUCACUGAGAAUAAAAGUGAUUAUGCCUGGAGAGGGUAUUUGUAUGCAGUGCUGCUGCUAGCCGCAGCCCUCCUGCAGACUGUGGUCCUGCAGCAGUACUUCCAGCGCUGCUUUGUGCUGGGGAUGAAGGUUCGGACUGCCCUUAUGGCUGCUGUGUAUAAAAAGGCAUUAGUGGUGUCUAAUGACACUCGUAAAGAGUCGACGGUAGGGGAAACGGUGAACCUGAUGUCAGCAGAUGCGCAGCGAUUCAACGAUGUCACCAACUUCAUCCACCUGGUGUGGUCCUGCCCUCUGCAAAUCAUCAUAGCCAUUGUUUUCCUGUGGCUGGAGUUGGGACCUUCUGUGUUGGCAGGGCUGGGAGUCAUGGUACUAAUGGUUCCAAUCAAUGGAUUUCUAGCCACCAAGGCCAGAAACAUCCAGAUAGUGAACAUGAAGUACAAAGACCAGAGACUGAAAAUCAUGAAUGAAAUACUCAAUGGGAUCAAGAUUCUGAAGCUGUAUGCAUGGGAGCCAUCUUUCCAGACGCAGGUGGAAGACAUUAGGGGGAAAGAACUGAAGGUCAUGAGGAAUUUUGCAUAUCUGUCGUCUGUUUCUACCUUCAUCUUCAGCUGUGCUCCAGCUCUGGUUUCACUGGUCACAUUUGGAGUGUAUGUAGGCGUGAGCUCAGACAAUGUGCUUACUGCUGAAAAAGCUUUCACCUCCAUCUCUCUCUUUAACAUCCUCCGUUUUCCCCUGGCCAUGUUGCCCAUGCUCAUUGCUGCCAUGGUGCAAACAGGAGUAUCUAGGAAGCGGAUUGAGAAAUUUCUGUCUGGUGAAGACCUUCAAACCGAUGCUGUGCGCCAUGACCCCAGUUUCAGCUCAGCGGUUACCAUAAGUGAUGGUUCUUUUGCUUGGGAGAAAGAAGCAGAGCCUCUGCUGAAGAAUGUGUCUUUGGACAUUAAACCUGGUCGGUUGGUAGCAGUAGUGGGAGCUGUUGGCUCUGGAAAGUCCUCUCUGAUGUCAGCGCUGCUGGGAGAAAUGCACAACACCAAAGGCUUCGUCAACAUUCUGGGCUCCCUUGCGUUUGUGCCACAGCAAGCCUGGAUCCAAAAUGCCACUCUGAAGGAUAACAUCUUGUUUGGCUCCCCGGAUGAGGGCAAGAAGUUCCAGAAGGUAAUUGAUGCCUGUGCCCUCACCCCGGACUUGGAGCUUCUGCCCGGAGGAAUUCAGACUGAGAUUGGAGAGAAGGGUAUCAACCUCUCAGGGGGACAGAAGCAACGUGUGAGCUUGGCCAGAGCAGCUUACAGUGACGCUGACAUUUAUCUAUUGGAUGACCCCUUGUCCGCUGUGGACUCUCAUGUCGGAAAGCAUCUGUUUGAAAAAGUUAUUGGACCAAAUGGAAUUCUCAGUGAUAAGACUCGCAUCCUGGUGACUCAUGGUGUAAGUUUCCUGCCGUAUGUAGAUGAGAUAGUGGUCUUAGUGGAUGGAAAGAUUUCUGAAAUCGGAUCUUACGACAACCUUCGUGCCAGCAGAGGAGCUUUUUCAGAGUUCCUGGACACAUAUGCCAAAGAGCAAAGUAAUCAGAACCAGUCAAAGUCAGAUCAUGACAAGGAAACUACAGAGUUAGAACUUAUCGAUGACGGAGAAGACAUUCAGCCCGACCAUCCUUUGGAGGAUACAGUUUCUGCUACACUGAAGAGAGAAAACAGCAUUCGUCGCAGCCAGCGUAAAAGCAGUGUCAGAUUAAGAGUGAACAGUUCGAUUAAAAAACCAAGAGAUGUUGAUGAAAUUAAGAAAGGCCAGAAGCUAAUAGAGAAGGAAGCUAUGGAAACAGGGCAGGUGAAGUUUUCAGUGUAUCUCCAGUAUAUGCGAGCGCUGGGCUGGGGAUUUACUUCUAUGGCCUUCCUGGUUUACUUCCUCCAAAAUGCUGCUUUCGUUGGUCAAAACCUGUGGCUGAGUGACUGGACCAGUGAUGCAAAGAGAUACGCCAACACUACAUACCCUAUCUGGAAGAGGGAUCAGAGGGUGUGGGUGUUUGGAGUUCUUGGAGUGGCUCAGGGCAUCUUUGUCUUCCUUGGCACACUGAUCCUAGCCAAUGCUUCGGUCGCUGCAUCCCGUGUUCUGCAUUCAGGACUGCUUAGGAACAUGCUGCGAGUUCCAAUGGUUUUCUUUGAUACGACACCAAUUGGAAGGGUGGUCAACCGCUUUGCAAAGGACAUUUUCACCAUAGAUGAAACCAUUCCUCAGACUGUCCGCUCCUGGAUCAUGUGUCUGCUGGGCGUACUAGGGACAUUGGUUGGCAUCAGUCUGGCCACUCCAAUCUUUGUCGCUGUCCUUGUUCCUCUGGCUGUGAUCUACUACUUUGUACAGCGCUUCUACAUAGCCACUUCAAGGCAGCUGCGUCGGCUGGAUUCAGUGUCUCGCUCUCCGAUUUAUUCUCACUUUGGUGAGACAGUGUCAGGUCUGUCAGUGAUAAGAGCCUACGGUCAUCAAGAAAGGUUUCUUAAACACAACGAAGUGACUAUUGAUGAAAACCUCAAGAGCGUCUACCCGUGGAUAGUAUCUAACAGGUGGCUCGCCAUUCGUUUGGAGACCAUUGGAAACAUGGUGGUGUUUUUUUCUGCUCUGUUUGCUGUUAUUUCCAGAGACACUUUGGAAAGCGGCCUGGUUGGCAUGUCCAUAUCCUACGCUCUUAAUAUAACCCAGACACUGAACUGGCUGGUGAGGAUGAACUCAGAGCUGGAGAACAACAUCGUUGCCGUGGAGAGAGUGAGCGAAUACUCAGAGAUUGAGAACGAGGCUAAGUGGAUAACUGACUCUCGGCCACCGGACACGUGGCCAGAGGAAGGAAGGCUACAGUUUGAAGACUACAAGGUCCGCUACAGACCUGGAUUGGACCUGGUGUUGCAUGGAAUCACUUGCGACAUCAACAGCACUGAGAAGAUUGGUAUAGUGGGCCGCACUGGAGCUGGGAAAUCAAGUCUAACAAACUGCCUGUUCAGAAUUAUUGAAGCUGCUGAAGGGCGCAUCCUCAUUGAUGGUAUAGACAUUGCCGAGAUAGGACUACAUGACCUGAGAAACAAUCUCACAAUCAUACCACAGGAUCCCGUUUUGUUCUCUGGGACGCUGAGGAUGAACCUGGAUCCAUUUGAAAGAGUCAGUGAUGAGGAAAUUUGGAAAGUACUGGAGCUGUCUCAUCUGAAGGACUACGUGGCAGGACUGCAGGAAGGAUUGCAGCAUGAAGUCGCAGAGGGGGGAGAGAACCUCAGCGUUGGCCAGAGGCAGCUCCUGUGUCUGGCCCGAGCACUGCUGAGAAAGUCACGGAUCUUAAUCCUGGAUGAGGCCACUGCAGCUGUUGACCUGGAGACAGAUGACCUGAUUCAGAAAACCAUCCGCAAGCAGUUUUCACACUGCACCGUCCUCACCAUCGCCCACCGUCUCCACAGUAUCAUGGACAGCUCGAGGGUAAUGGUGCUUGAUGCUGGUAAAAUCGUGGAAUUUGAUUCUCCGAGAAACCUGCUUGAAAAACAAGGCCAUUUUUAUGCCAUGGCAAAGGAUGCUGGGAUAACAGAAGAACUAAGCACAGCUUGCUAACAGCUCUUUAAUUUACAUGUGCUCGUUUUUUUGAAGGAUGAUUUCAUUCCAUAAAUGUCUUUUAUUGUUUUACUAAAAAGCUAGAAAUAACGGAAUGUAUAUCAUGUCUUGUAUUUAUAGGUAGCAAUAUAAAUAAAACAUAUUCUAUAUGUAAAUAAUUUUUAUAUGUGAACAAUGAACAUUCUUUGGUUUUAAUAAAGAGAGCAACCUCUGUUGUUUAAA